AUGCGUUGCUUUUCAUGCAAUCAAGAGUUUGGUUCGAUCGAAAUAUUACUUUCACACAUCAGCCGAGUUCAUUCUCAUCUCAGUUUUUUUUGUUGCACCUAUGAAAAUUGCCUUCGAAAAUUUUCAUUGCUGAAUUCUUUUAAAAAACAUUGUAUUCAAAAACAUGUACCAAAUGAUCCAAAUCAAAUUAACGAUUCGACUCCGAUUUUAAAUAUUACGUCAAAUGAUAUUGGACCAUCAAAUACAAAUCUAUUCGUUUCUCCUGCUGAAUCCUCUUCACUUCCGGAACCUUCUGUAGAACCUUCUGUAAAAAAAUCGAAUUCUGAUAUUCCUCCUGCUGUUGCUUUUCUAGCGAAGCUUCACAGUUACGCCGAUGUUCCAAGAAAGAGAAUCGUUUCAAUAAUCAAUGAUUUUGAUAAUUUCAUGAGGUCGCAAUUAGAAAUUAUUGAAAACGAGGUCGACAAGCAUUUUGAACGAGUGGGUGAAUCUCAAGACAAGGAAGAUAUAAAAAAUUGUUUUAAUGAAGCAAAAAAUUCGUUUACUAAAUUGAAAUCAGAACACUUACAACUUGCAAAAUUUCGAAAGUUAGGAACAUACAUUUCACCCACUCAGUAUCUCUUAGGUGAACGAGAUGAGUAUAAACUGGUUGAUGGUGUGCAAACCUUUACUCCUGUAAAAACAACGGCAGAGUUUAUUCCUAUAAGAGAGGUGUUCAAACAGUUCUUUGAGACUCGAGAAGUUUAUAUUCGAACAAUGUCCUAUUAUGAUUCGUUGAUGAAAAAUUCUGAAAUAAUAACAAAUUUUGUUCAAGGUUCAUUUUGGCAAAAAAAACAUUUAGACUUCGGAGAUAAAAAAGUUCUUCCUGUGUUUCUCUACUACGACGACUACGAGAACAAUAAUGCUCUUGGUUCUCAUGCCGGUAUUCAGAAAUGCGGUGCAAUAUACAUAUCCAUACCAUGUUUACCUCCUGAAUUGAACUCAAAAUUAAGCGCAAUAUUUUUAUUUGUGUUAUUCAAUACUCUCGAUAGGAAGGUUUUCAAAAAUAAAGUUAUUUUUAAAAAAGCAAUUGAAGAAUUGCAGUUUCUUGAAAAUGAAGGUAUUACUAUCGAUUAUCCUUCCGACCUCCGCAAUGGUUCAUUUAUCAGAACAAAGUUGUACUUCAAGUUGUGUUUAAUUUUGGGGGAUAAUUUGGGAAUACAUGGUCUAUUCGGUUUUUGUGAAAGUUUCAAUUCUAAUUUUCCAUGUAGAUUUUGCAUGAUUGGUUUAAACGAAUUUCAAUUCAAUUUUGAAGAGAAAGAAGAUUUGUUGAGAAAUGAAAGUAAUUAUAAGCAACAAGUUCUCCUAAAAGAUACGAAACAGACUGGUAUAAUUGAGGAGUGCAUUUUUCAUGAAACGGACUUCCAUAUUACCAAAAAUAUUUGCGUUGACUCUAUGCAUGAUUUGUUCGAAGGAAUAUGCCAGUAUGAUAUGGCAAAAAUGUUAGACUACUUUAUAAACACAAAAAAAAUUUUAACUUUAUUUGAUUUGAACGAAAGAAUGAAGGGGUUCCAUUAUGGGUGGGAUAAUAAACCGCCAGAAAUAAUGGAAACCCACUUGAAAUCAAAAUUAAAAAUGUCUUCAAGCGAAAUGUCGUCAUUCAUGAAAAAUUGUGGUUUGCUCAUCGGCAAUUUGAUUCCAGUAGGUGAUCCUCACUGGGAAAUUUACGUUUUACUCAAAAAAAUAAUAGAUAUCGUAUUAUGUCCGGCGUAUUAUCGCGAUCUAAUAGACUAUUUUAAGGUAAUAAUUGAAGAAUAUCUGGAAACCCUACAGGAUGUAUUUCCUGGCAGCAUCAAGCCAAAGCACCAUUUUCUCACCCAUUAUCCUAGGGUAAUGGAAAGUGUGGGUCCACUGUGGAAGUGUUCGUCAAUUCGCUAUGAAUCUAAGCAUCGUGUUGGUAAAAUUACAUCGAGAGCUGCUAUAUGUAGAAUUAAUGUUUGUCGUACUAUUGCUAUAAAAAACCAACUAAUGUUGAAUUAUACUUUUCUUUGUGAACAAAUAUUUCAGCCGAUUUGGCAAACUGGCGCGACUACAAAUAUCAUUGUAAACGAUUUAGAAAAUAAAAUAAUGGCUGCUGAGCUAACUGCUGCCGGAUAUUCAGAAAUUCAUUCAACAAAAUGGGUUCAAUACUUUGAUAAGAAAAUUACAACCGGAUAUGCAUUAGUUUUUCCAGCUGAGAAUGAUCAAUCUGAACCCAACUUUUUUUCAAUUGAACUCAUGUUUGUGAGUCGAAGCAAUGAUAUUUGGUUCGUUGUGUCAAAAUUAGAAGCUUAUCUCGAUUCUCAUGUGCAAGCUUAUAAAAUUUAUAAUAAUGCUAGUUCUUAUAGAUUAAUAAAUAGUGAACUUUUCGAUAGUUUAACCUGUAAAUUUACGACUAAACAUGGUAAAUUUAUCGUGAAGAAUUUCUUGUAAUUUUCGCGAAGAUGUUUGUUUCAAGUAUCGUUUGUACAUUGAAAUAAUAAACCAAGUAUAUCUGCAUUAUGAGUGUAUUUUUUUUUUCCAAAUAAUUCGUAUACCAUAUGAGUAGGUAUAUAUUUUUAUAGAAGAUUUGUGAUGGUAUUUUAUUGGGAAGGUUUUUUACAUUACAGUAAUGGUUCAAGUUAUAGCAUUGGCAUGAUUACUACACGUUCUGUCUUUGUAAGAAAUGUUGCUACAAAAAAAAAAUUGAACACUAUUUAAAUGUAAGAAUGCAUAAAACAUUAGCAAAAAUUGUUGCUAUAAGUAAAAUAGCUGGUUAGUUCUUCAAUUGUUUGAAUCCAAUAAAGAAUUGACAGGCUACUUUAUUUGUAGCAGCCUUUCUUGCAAAUAUUUUAUGUGAUCUUACAU